AUGCUGUGGAAUGCUCUCGAAUACUCUCGAAUGUUCUGGACUGUUCUAGAAAUAUCUAGCCUCCGAGACCCGACAUCUCACCAGUUAAGGUUCAACUUCAACUUCAACUUCUCUAACUUCAACUUCUCCUACUUAUUCAACUUCAACUUCUCCUACUUCUUCCAUUUCAACUUCUCCUACUGCUUCAACUUUAUCUUCUCCAACCUUUCCAACUUCAACUUGUUCAUCUUCUACUUCUCUAACUUCAACUUCUCCUACUUCUUCAACUUCAUCUUCUCUAAUAUUUUCAACUUCUUCAACUUCCCCAACUUAUUCAACUUCAACUACUCCAACUUCUUUAUCUUCGUAACCUUCUUCGACUUUUGCAACUUCUUCAUUUUAGUCAACUUCAACUUCUUCAACUUAAGCUUCUCCAACCUAUUAAACUUCUUCAACUUCAUUACCUUCUUUAACUUCUUCAAUUUAUCCAACUUCUUCAACUUCAAAUUCUCCAACUAUUUGAAGUUCUUCAAUUUCGACUUUUCCAACUUCUUCGACUUCUCCAACUUCUUCAACUUCUCCAACUUCUUCAACUUCUUCUACUUACUCAACUGCAACUUCUCCAACCUUUUCAACUUCCUCAACUUCAACUUCUCCAACGUCUUCAAAUUCAACUCCAACUUCUCAAACUCGAACUUCUUCAACUUUUUCAACUUGUCCAACUUCUUCAACUUCUCCACCUUCUCCAACUACUCCAUCUUUUUUAACUUCUCCAACUUUUUCAACUUCUUCAAUUUCUCCAACUUAUUUAUCUUCCUACUCCUUUAA